CAUCAUACUCAUCCAUUUGAUCAUCAACUCCACCUCUAACACCACCUACUCCAUAAUUACUUCUACAAAAAGCACAACAUUUCUCACAAAAUUUCAAAAACUUCAAACCAAAAUCCCUCAUCUUCACAUCAAACCAAACCAAAACAACCUUAGAAAUCAUGGAUCAUGAUGAACAAAGGAACGGCAAAGAUUUCAUCUUCAAAUCAAAGCUCCCAGACAUUUACAUCCCAAACCACCUCCCUCUCCAUACCUAUUGCUUUGAACACCUCUCCCAAUUCCAACACCGGCCUUGCCUCAUCAACGGCACCACCGGCCGCAUCCACACCUACGCCGAGGUCAACCUAGCAGCCAGACGUUUCGCUGCGGGGCUGAGCAAGAUCGGUGUCGGACAAGGUGACGUGAUAAUGCUCAUGCUCCAGAAUAGCCCCGAGUUCGUGUUUGCGUUCCUCGGUGCAUCUUUCGCCGGUGCAAUUGCCACGACCGCGAACCCGUUGUAUAAGCCUGGAGAGAUAGUGAAGCAGGCGGUGGCAGCGAAGGUGAAGGUGAUAAUUACACAAGGAGAGUUUGUGGAGAAGGUGUGGGAAUUUGCGGUGGAACAUGGGGUGAAGAUAUUGUGUACGGAUUCUUCGUCGGCCUCGGAGUCAGCGGGUUGUUUGAAAUUCUCGGAGGUUAUGGAGGCCGAUGAGAAUGAGAUUCCGGCGGUGAAGAUUAAUUCAAGUGAUGUUGUUGCUCUUCCUUUCUCGUCGGGAACUACCGGAGUUCCAAAAGGAGUUAUGCUAACGCAUAAAUCUCUUGUUACAAGCGUAGCUCAGCAGGUGGAUGGAGAGAAUCCAAAUGUAAACAUGAAUAGGAAGGAUGUGAUCAUAUGUGUUCUUCCUUUAUUCCAUAUCUAUUCUCUCAACUCCGUUCUCCUGUGUGGACUACGUGUCGGCGCUGCCAUUCUCAUCCUUCAAAAGUACGACGUCUCCUCUCUUCUCCGUCUCAUUCAAACCCACAAAGCCACAAUUGCUCCAUUUGUCCCUCCCAUCGUCUUGGACUUUGCCAAAAACCCUGACAUCCAUCGUUACGACUUGUCGUCUAUUCGAAUUGUCAUGUCGGGUGCUGCCCCCAUGGGGAAGGACCUCGAGGACACCGUCAAAGCUAAGCUCCCCAAUGCCAUUCUCGGACAGGGGUAUGGAAUGACGGAGGCAGGGCCAGUGCUGUCGAUGUGUUUGGGAUUUGCAAAGGAAGCAUUCAAGGUAAAAUCAGGUGCAUGCGGGACAGUAGUAAGGAAUGCUGAGAUGAAGAUCAUACACCCUCAAACUUCUCUUUCUUUGCCUCGUAAUAACCCUGGUGAGAUCUGCAUACGUGGCCCCCAGAUCAUGAAAGGUUACCUUAAUAACAAAGAAGCAACCGAGAAGACUAUAGACAAAGAUGGGUGGCUCCACACAGGAGACUUAGGGUACAUUGACGAUGACGAUGAGAUCUUCAUUGUCGAUCGAUUGAAGGAACUUAUUAAAUACAAAGGAUACCAAGUUGCUCCAGCUGAGCUUGAAGCUCUCUUGACUUCAAACCCUAACAUUACUUCAGCAGCUGUCAUACCUAUGGAAGAUGAAGCAGCAGGAGAGAUCCCUGUUGCAUUUGUUGUUAGAUCUAAAGGCUCCAAAAUUAGUGAGAAUGACAUCAAAAACUAUAUUUCAGAUCAGGUUAUAUAUUACAAAAAAAUCAGAAAGGUUUUCUUUGUGGACUCAAUUCCAAUGGCUCCUUCAGGCAAGAUAUUGAGGAAAAUUUUAAAAGCUCAGUUGGAGGCUGGUGUAUUUUAAUUAAAUUAUAUUAGCUAAUUCAUCACUCAAUAAUCGAUAUGGAUCACUUUAACCAUGGUCAUAUAUAUAUGUGUGUGUCUCCAUAUAGCUUUGAGUUUUUGAUCUCUACAAAACAAAUGUUAUGAAAAGAGAGAUCAUUACUUCUCAAAAGAAGACGGGUUUAUUCAUUUGUUAUGAAUAGUAUGUAAUCGAUCUAUAUGCCUUUGUAACUUUAUUGUAUAUGUUGAUUAAGCUACAAUGCAAAUGUUUACUAAUAUAUACGUACAUACACAUUGUUAUGGGCAA